AUGCUGCACCACCAUCAGAAGGGCGACAACGGCGACACCCACCAGAUAUGGAAGACGGCUCCUGUUCUCACUGGUACGACUCAGUUUGAACCGCGGAGUGAUGUGCGUAAUAUCAUGGUGACCGGCGGUGCCGGCUUCAUCGCGUCGUGGGUCGUCCGGCACCUCGCCACCACAUACCCGGACGCAUAUAAUAUUAUAUGUUUUGACAAAAUGGACUACUGCUCUUCUCCCAAUAACACGGCCGUUCUCGCGGACCGCCCCAACUUUACCACAUAUUCGCAUGUUGACCUGAGCUUUGGAAAUUCAUACAGCUUCACGCAGACCAACGUCUUUGGAACGCACGUGCUGCUAGAAAGUGCCAAAAAGGUGGGCAUCCGGCGCUUCAUCCACGUCUCAACCGACGAGGUGUACGGGGAAGUCAAGGAAGACAAAGACGACUUGCCCGAGGCCAGUAUAUUGGCGCCGACGAAUCCGUACUCUGCGAGCAAGGCCGCCGCCGAAAUGAUGGUGCAGUCAUACCAGGCGAGCUUCAAGCUGCCCUGUAUUAUUGUGAGGAGCAACAAUGUCUAUGGGCCGCAUCAAUACCCAGAAAAGAUAAUACCAAAAUUUGCCUGUCUACUAAACAGAAGGCAGCCAGUCGUGCUUCAUGGAGACGGCAGUCCCACACGGCGCUACCUCUACGCUGGCGACGCCGCCGAUGCGUUCGACACCAUCCUGCACAAAGGUCAAGUCGGGCAAAUAUACAAUGUCGGUUCUUCCGACGAAGUUUCCAACCUUGAUCUGUGCGCCAAGCUACUCUCCGUCAUGGGCAUGGCAGACGGCACGGACCAGGCCACCAUCAUGAAGCAGGCCGCUUUCCGCAGAUGGGUCAAGUACACGCAUGACCGGCCUUUUAACGACUGCCGCUACGCGGUAGACGGCUCAAAAUUGCGGAGGCUGGGUUGGGAUCAGAAGACAAACUUGGACGCCGGCUUGCGCGUCACGAUUGACUGGUACCGCCGGUUCGGCGAGGCAUGGUGGGGAGACAUCAGCCACGUCUUGACGCCGUUUCCUGUGGUCGAGGGUGGAUCUAUAUUGCCAGACUUUGGUCACAGAUUACGGGAUGAUCCGGUGGGGUCGGAUGAUGAAUCCCAGCUGCAGAAGUCGAGGGGAGAAGAGCAAGCGAAGAGGACGAAUGGCGUGGCAGCAACCAAGAUGGAGUUGGAAACGUGA